UGAGCUUGGGGAUGUGCAUGAUCGCCAGUGGAAACGCUGGUUGGCAGGCGAUUCGCAAAACCGGCAGACUCCUCGCAAAAUCGCGUAGGUAGGCCCGGCCCAGUCUACGCAGGAACAGCGCUCGCGGCCCGGCAGCCCGGCAGCCUGGACUCAGCUAGCAAGGCCGGCCUCGACGCUUCUCGUGGACCGCAUGUCCAGUCGAUCGAGACACUUGUAUCGCAAGCUUGUCGGCUUUGCAGGCUCAGCGGUGGGCUAUGAUGGCACGCCCAAGCGGCAGCUACGGAGGCUUUACCGCAACUCCAUCGACGAUCUCCUGGCUAAACAGCCGACGACUGAUGAGUGCAGCCUGCGAGUACAACGCACGAUCAAGCUGCUUCAUGCUGCAGCCGAGCGAGAGCGCGUCCCUGGCCUGACGAUCAAGAACCUCUGUCAGCUCUACCAUCAUCUGCGACCAAACCACGUUGCUCAGAUGACCCGACGCAAACGGGGCCUCCACAGAUCAUACAUCGCCAUCCCACCAGAUCUGUCUGUGCCGCACGGCACGGCAAAGCUGUCUGCAGAGCCGUCUAAGCUGCUUCUUUCGGAGCACAAGUCGAGAGCCCUCUAUGCCCUUGCCGAGCUGGUCGAGAUGGCAGAGGGCAGCCAGACGAUCCUGCUGGGUCGCUUGCCUCCCAAGCCCGCGCUCGAGUGA